AUGGCAGACCGAAAAGUCUUGAAUAAGUACUACCCACCAGACUAUGAUCCAUCUAUUAUACCCCGUAUGAAAAGGGGUAAGGAGCGUCAGCAACAAGUACGUCUGAUGACCCCUUACUCUAUGAGAUGUACGAAAUGUGGCGAGUUCAUCUAUAGAGGAAAGAAAUUCAAUGCCAGAAAGGAAGAAGCUAAGGGAGAGGAUUAUUAUGGUAUAAAAGUCUUUAGAUUCUAUAUAAAAUGUCCACUAUGCUCCUCAGAAAUAACAUUCAAAACUGAUCCACAAAAUACGGAUUAUGCGGCUGAACAUGGCGCUACACGUAAUUAUGAUGCAUGGCAAGAAACAGAACCAAAGAAGGACCUCUCAAAGAUCGCUGCAGAAGGUGAUGAACCUGAGGAAGAAGAGCAAGAUCCUAUGAAACAGCUUGAACAGCGUACAUUAGAAUCUAAACGUGAAAUGGAGAUAAUGGACGCUUUAUCCGAUAUUCGCACACGUAAUGCUAAGAACGAAAGGGUG